AUGAACCAAGAGAAAUUACAUAUGAAGCAUUUGAAUAGAUUUGUUUGUUCAAUGUGUUCGAAUAAGAAGACAGAAAUCGACCGCGCUGAGCGAUUGGGUAAAUUGUGUCCAAUAUGUUUUACUAAAUUCCCCGAUACUCAUACAAAAAAAAAUCUUAAAACAAAGCUAGUGCAAACUGCUGAAACGGACACAGCACAAGGUAUAACUCUAUUAAAUGAAGUUUUACACGUGUUUCAAAGUAAGAAAGUAGAUUCCAACUCUAAACGCAUGUUAAAAGACGCAAGCGUCAACACGGAUGGGAAGCAUCUAGUAAUGAGUGAAAUAUUUCAAUACUCUAUAGAAGACGACUCGCACACGAAGAGCGAAGGAAAAUUCACAUUGAUCAAUUGUGAACCAAGUCCAACCAAAAGAAUGGAGCCAAGAGUGAUAUUAUCAAAACACAAAUCAUCGUCUAUACCACAGAUGAAAUUAGAGGAACUGAAACAUUCUUUAAAGGAGAAGACAAAGUCAAAAGACGCAAUCGAAGAAGUAAAUAGAAUGUUUGCGAAUGUGCGCAAGUUCAACUUCGAUAGUGAGACGAACAGACCGUUGAUCAGGAACGGACCUCGUAUAUUGCCAGUUGUGAAAACUGCGACGUUCGCGGAAGACAGUUGCGCUAAAUACAAGUAUCAGUGUGACCAGGAUUAUCAAAUGUCGAGCGGAGACUCAGGUUUGCAAGGAUGUAAGAAGGAACAGUGUGCUGAAUGCCUCUAUAUGUGUUGCCAUUAUCAACGAUAUAAGUGCGAGAACUGUCAAGUGAAAUCUGACGAAAGUAAGUAUGGGCGACCUGUUUAA